CGGCGCGCACCUGCAGCUCGGCCCUCUCGGCCUCCCAGCGGCUCUUCUCGGCCUCGAAGCGCGCCCACUCGUGCUGGAUGAAGUGUAGGAUGCCCGGCAGGCUCAGCUCGCCGCGGCCGGGGGCGCCCUGCGCUAUCGUCGUCGUCUGCUGAGGCGGCUGGUCUCCCCCCGCGGCCUGGGCCUGCUGGGACAGCAGUUGGGCCCGCGCCGCCACCCGCUCAGCCUCCAUUGGGGAUCCCGCGGGCGGCGGCGGAGGUGGAGGCGGCGGUGGCUGUUGUUGCUGCUGCUGCCACAUAGUGAGCCCACCGCGGGGGGGGGGUGAAGCGGGCGGCGGGAAGCGGCCCCCGGUCUGUGAGGGAAGGAAGAGAGUGCAAAGAGAGAGGACGCGCGGGGGGUCACUUCCUGCCAAAUAGUGAGCCAGCCAGGAAAUGGGGCCUACGACGGGACGGCUCCAGCAGCGCUCACUACUGGCUGAAUGUUCAUUUUGUGGAAAGAAAGGACCUUGUUGACAGUCAUGGAACACUAGUCAGUCUAGUCUCUCCAGAACAGUUUCCAGCUGAACUAAAUUUGGAUGGACAAAUCUGGUGCUGCGGGACCCUCCACGGGCCAGAGACGAGAGUCCUUUAACAUCCACCAGCGCUCACAAGAUGCGCAUCACCUUCUGCCAGGGUGUGCUUGCUGCUGCCAUAGCCAUUAACUUGCUGAUCCUCUACUACAUCUCAAGGCUACAACAGCGUGUCUUGCACCGACACAGGGACCAUCUCCACCCCAGCUCCCAUCAGCCCCAAGGUUCACUGAGAUCUGGCAUGACCAUCCUCAUCAGGGAGUUUGAAGACUUUGAAAACUAUGUCCCUGACAUUGUGCGCUUUUUCGUGAAACAGAAACCCGAGCUGCCUGUUGUGGUGGCGGCAGACCGCUUGCCAUACCCUCCCAUGGUUCUGCCCAGCACUCCCAAUGUCCAGAUCGUCAUUCUCAAGCCGUCUCCUGACCAGCCUGCCCAUCUAUUCAGGCCUGAGACCUAUGUGAAGACAGAAUAUGUGGCAUUGGUGCCUGAUGGGGUGAGGAUGGAUUCCACAUACCAGCUGGAGCAAAUGCUGGAGGAGUUUAAGGUCAGCCAAGGUAAGGUUGAGAUGGUUGCAGCUCCAGUGCACUCACUGGCUCCCCUCCAGUGCCUGAACCUCAAGGUUAGCCUUAAAGAAUGGACAGCUGAGUACAUGGUAGCUUCUCCUUCCUCCAAACUGUGCACUGCCUUGAAGGGGGAGGCCAUCCUCCUCCUCCGCACCAAGGACCUCUUCAACCUCUCCAUGCCCUUGGCCAAGCCCUUGAUGACCUCCCUCUUCAUCCAGGCAUCUCUGCGGGGAUGGGCCGUCCGGCUCCUUGACAUUUCCUUCUCAGUGCUCCACCAGCCUUUGCUCACCUCCUCCCACAACCAGUGGAAGGCUGACAACCUCGCCAAGUCCUACCGACUACAGCUCUUCCGGAACUUCGGCAUCAAGCGGGUGAUCCUGGAGGAUGGAAAGGAGCAGUGGUUCGGGUGCAGCAAGGAGACUCCACGGUGCUUUGGCACCAUCCACGAUGAUACACCAGAAUACCUCUACCAUAACCGGUGGACCCCGCCUUGUUGCCUCAAAGCAUUGAGGGAAACUGCCAAAUAUGUCAUCAACAUCUUGGAGACGUCUGGAGUGCGGUACUGGCUGGAAGGGGGGACGCUUCUCGGGGCAGCCCGUUAUCAAGACAUAAUUCCUUGGGAUUAUGACGUUGACCUAGGCAUCUACCUGGAGGAUAUCCCCAAUUGUGAGCUGCUCAGAAGCGCAGAGUCUGGCUCCAUUGUGGAUGAGAAGGGCUUUGUCUGGGAGAAGGCCAUUGAGGGGGACUUCUACCGAGUGCAGUAUAGCGAACACAAUCACUUGCAUGUGGACUUGUGGCCCUUCUACCCCAAGAAUGGCUUGAUGACCAAGGACACCUGGAUGGAUCACCGGCAGGACACUGAGUUCCCUGAGCACUUCCUGAAACCCUUGGUCCCCAUCCCAUUUGCCGGAUUCCUCGCUCUGGCACCCAAUGAUUACCGGAGCUUCCUGGAGCUGAAGUUUGGAGAAGGGGUGAUUGAAAACCCAGAAUAUCCAAACUCAGCAGUGAAGAGCAUGCAUGGAGAAGCUGCACAUGAGGCCAAAAUGCAACAAGUCGAUGGGAAAGGCUGCAGAGAUGCUAAAAUACUGAACGUUUUCUGGAAAUGCCUACAGCACUAUUUGAAGGUGAGGGAUUGAUUUAGCUUGGGGAAAAGCCCUGUUGGUCUCAGUAGGAUAUAUUGCAUAGGAUUGGGCCAAUCCAAUGUGACUGAUCUGGAGUAGCAGAUUUCUCAUCAAUUUUAUUAUAGUCAAGAUGUUCUUGUAAGACAACGCACACAAGCUUUUGCUGUUGUUCUGGAUAUUUCAACAGUUAAGCCUGUCUGUCAUGCAACUGCCAAAGGCACAAUAAAUACACUGUCAGAUUGUAUUUGCUUUUCCACCCCGCCUGUAUGACACUCAGGGGGGCUUACAGUAGGGCUGGGAGGCCUCUGGAGCCCACAUACGCCGUUUGACUACAGGUCUCGUUAUCAUUGACCAUGCUGGCUGGAGCUGAUGAGAACCUGAAGUGUAGGAACAUUUGGAGGGUUCCCCAGACCUGGCUUCUAGCAGUCACAUCUAACCACUGUUCCUGAGGGCUGCUUGCAUUGUAGGAAAUGGGUAUGGGAGGCAUGAGAAAACAACAGGGAGUAUAUAUAAAGUCAAACCAUUAUGUCUUCUAGCCCAGCCCUGCCUAUUCUUGAUGACUGGCAGUGGGUGUAUUUCCAAGGGCUCACACAGAGGUCUUUCUCUGCCCUGCUAGCUGAGAUCCUUACCUGGAGAUGCUGGGGAUCUUCUACAUGCAACGGUGGUAGGCCUUUUCCUUAUGGGGAUUACAAAUUGCAGCCCGCUAGCUAAGAAGGGGGGGCAAACUGCCAAGCCUGUGCCUCCGCAGCCCAUCUCAUGCCAGGACUCUUGUUCCCUUUGUGACAAACCCAGCCCUGUUUGGGUGUAUCAUGUACCAGGUACUUCCACUCUGCCAGGCACCGGAAGUGGCAAGCAAGCUAUAGCAAGUCAACAUAGGACAAAAGAGAAUGUUCCCCCAAGGUUUGUUUUUCUUGCAAGCCAAAGUCCUGCAUUUCUUCAUGCAGAGAACAAGCUGGCAAGCACCCAGCACUGCUGUUCAGCACCAGCAACAUGUAAAAGGUGCUGGGGCAGGCUGGGAUUUGCAGGCUACCUGAAUUCACCUGGGGCCUAUUGCAGCCAGAGAAAACAGGCUUCCUUUGCCUUGUUCUUUGAGAGCAGCAUUGGCUACAGUUCUCCAAACAGUCCUAGCUUCCAUGAAUGGAAAACCUCAUGUCGGCAGAAAGUGUAACUACACUGGAGCGCAUGGUGUUGCUUGCAAUGUUCCUCUUCGGUAUUUGUGGCUAGAUUGCCCAUGCCUGGGAUUUGAUGUAACAAGCAAAAUGGAAUGAGAGUCCCUCAUCAGUCAACCAGUGUAGGAACGGUCAAUCCAGGGACCGUAACUUAGCGGCAAAGCCCCUGCCUUGCAGGCAGAAAGCCCCAGUUCACUCUCUGGCAUCUGAAGUUAAGAAAGGACCAGGGAGUAUGCAAUGCUAAAGAUUUCUGCCUGACAUUUGGGAGAGGCACUGUCAGUUGAACCUGGCCAGUGCUGAGUUAGAGAGGCUAACUGACCCGGCGUAACACAGCUUCCUGUAUCCCUCCUAACAAAGGGAGGUGGGUGAGGAAGGCAGUAUUGCUGUUACUGAAGGCUGGGGUUUGCCAAUCCGUUUGGAGCCACGGGCAGAGAAACUGUUGUGGGUACCUGUGAUGUUCCUAUAUUAAUGUAUAUAUGGUAAGUGUUGGUUGUUUAGAAGAUACAUGGUAAGUGGAGUGAAAGAGGAGGGGGAGUGAAUGGGCAGUAGAAUGCUAGAUGAUUGGCUGAGUGUUUAAAAUGGCUGAACGUAUAAAAGGAAGAGUGAGAGUGGAAUCUGGGGGGAGAAGAGAACUGAGUGGGUUGCUUGGUGGGGUUUAGAGAGUUGUUUGCCAGGAGAGAGUGGAGAAGG